CGACAAUGAUUGUUCGCAAGUGCAAACUAGAAGACUGAAUUCUCCCAACUAAGAAGUAAGUUCUUGAUUGGUCAUCGUGGUGGUGGUCCCCCCUCCUAUUUUCUCCAGCUUGACAUCAGCUGCUUUAUUUUUCAGAGCAGCAUACCACAGUCAAAAAACAUCAGACCAUGCGCAACAAAGGUCGUCCUCUGCCUGCCGAAGAUCUGAACUUCAUUCGUGGAUCUUCAGGUUCCUCUGCGAAAAACGACAAUUACCUGCAAAACGGGCAAAAGUCCUACAAAGACCGCGCGACUUAUGGACAGAGAAAUAAAGACGACUCGAUUCUGUACACGGUGAAAACCGUCGUUGCCCCCUUCCCGGUUUCGACCUCAGAAACGCAGUGGGGCGCGCGUUCCGCCCGUCCGCUGUUGCCAAAAAAGAAGAUCGUCUCCAAUGCGAAUCGCGGCGACAGCUACAAUGAGAACGACGAGGAGCAGCACAGUCAUUCUCAUUCCCUCGAGGAACCUGGCUCGUCGGUGGAAGGUCUUCAUCCUGGGUUGGCUCAAUCCAACUCACGGACUGGGAGUGGAGAUGGAGUCAUGUUACUAUCAAAUGCAAAUUAUAUGUCUGGCUGUGGAAGACGAAGAUGGACCACUCACUAGUACUCGUAGUACGUGUGUCCACUUUCAUGCAUCUUUUGCGAUCCACACACCUGGACUACGCAUUUGCAAUGCAUAGAUAUCCGGAAUGGACAGGAUCGUCAAUGGAGGGAGCAACGCGACCUCUGCGCGCCCGAUCGCCACCACAGGUGCAACUGGAGCCGCGCCAGUGCACCACAUGCCAAAAAUUCGAACGGCGGAGGCGGAAUACUACGCGUACCUGAAGUCCCUCCCACCGGAGGAACACGUUAUCAAAUGCAAGUACUUCUGGGUCUGGAACUGGAACUGGAUAACUUUUACUGCUGGCUGCACGCGAUUUGUCAUGUUGAGCGGUGCGCGACGAGGACGACGAAGCGGCUUUGUUCUGUAUGGCAUGAGCGCAUCACAAGUUUUUCGAGCCGACUUCCUGUUUCGCGUUUAACAGAAGCAUCACAAAUACUUAACUGGCUUUUAGCAGCUCAAGAAACCUGGUUACUCCCGUAAUAUACAACAUGACGGCAAGAUGAUUCGUAUUGCCAAUGCAGAUCUUGCCGUCAUGUAUAUUUCGCAUCAGAAAUUAUCCAGCGGACCCAGGUAUAUAUGCAACGCAUACACGUUUUGCCCGACCAACUCCCGCUAGUUUCCCACUAUCCACAGAAAAAAACCCAUCCACAUCAAAUUUGUCAUGCGAAACACGUAUCACGUCAUGUGUUUGUCAUGCAAAAAAUGGAUGGGGAUGGGUUUUUUCUGUGGAUGCCCACGCUGCGAGCACGACGCAUCACCAGCUGCCGAUGUCGUCGAAUGUUGCCGUUUAUGCAUUGCUAAAGUAUCGUGCCAGUAUUGAUAAAUUCUGAUUGCAUCACGAAAAUAGAUUCCGUGUUGACCGAUGAAUUAUAUUUUGUCCUGCAUGGCUGCAUGUAAAUACUAGUUUACGAGUGCGAUAUUACUCUACUUGCAGUGGAUACCAUUUUGACGAUGGAUCCUGCUCCAGCAGUUGCAGCUGGUGACUUUCCCACCGCAGUAGAAGUAGCUUCGAAGCAGGCGCUCUCGCUCAUCAAGGAAAAUAACGGACGGGGGCACCACCAGUUUAUUUCCGUACGAUGCAUCUUCUUGUGUUUGCGUUUGCUACAACUUUGUGCUUCUUUCAUCUCUUGGCGACUCUCCAAGUCAGCAAGGUAUGCGCACGUGGUCCAGCUGUGCGUGUUGAUUGUACAACCCUACCACGGCAUUGCACAGAACAAAUACAGAAACGGAUAAAGAUGGAAAUAACCAGGCAUGAAACUCAACCUUCAGAAGUUGUCAAAUGACCACGCAGUGUGGUACUACAUCUAAAAGUAUCUCAAUCUCACUCUACAAAGUUAAAGUAGCUCCUUGGGAUAAUAAAAUAUUGCUACUAAAAAUAGGAACACGACCCUGACCCUGAGUUUCUUUCUUCGCCGCCGCAGCGGGCUUCGCAAGGCGGCGUACGAAUCGCAAAAAACGUCUGGCUCAUCAUCAUCUGGGGGAGUGCUCAAGUUUGUCACGCUCGGCUAUCAAGAUAGCUGUCAAGUCGGUCCGUCACGCACGUUGCCUAAAAGGCCGUACUUUCCGUCAUGCAGCAGCGCAGCUUCAAGCUUCACUUGCAAAAGAAAAAAUAUUUAUAAGUACCCAGCAGCAACUCAAAGUUGAAAUGAUGUUUGGCCUUCGCCUUGGCCAUCAUCAAUGAUUCUUAUUUGGGCGUCCUCGUGUUGAUUUAUUUUUUCCAACCAGCUCCAUCACGUUCACGUCUCCAGACCUGCCAGACAUAUUUGCAAAAAUGCAUACAAGAUGAUGAACAACAACAAAAACUCCGGCACCACUGGCGGUUCCUGGGCGGAUUAUAGCCCGACAGAUAGCCAUAUCAAAUUAGCAAACAUUCCUGGACGUCUGGAAACUUGUGUUUCUGAUGGUUUUUCUCCCGCGCAUGAUCGCAGAGAAGGAGCCACUCCUAUUGCGGCAUAUUAAGAGUAGCAUGCUCAAAACUUACUCAGGUGGCAGCUUAUUUGUUCGGAUUCAUUUGUAAAAAAGACGCAUCAUAAGGUUGCAGUAAUAUCAUAGCAUGACGAAAAACAAAAAGCUAGCGCUAGCAACUUGUUGCAACAUUCACGCAUCACAGAUCUUCCUGUCCUUGACAUUCUGCAUGACAAAUCCAGACCCAGAUCUUCGGUAUUAUUUGCAAUGCAUAAGCCAAGAAGAAUACGAAGAAGAGGAGGAGCAGUACUACCAGGCACCGGAAUAUGCAAGAAGAAAUAAAGAAAAACAACUCUGUAAAAGUGUAUGCGAAACUUUUUGCUCCUGCAGGACCAGGAGACGAUGCAAAACAGUUGCGGAAACAGUCACAGAGUGGUCGCCAACCUCUUCAUGCUUGUUCAACACAUGUUGCAUCUUCACGGGCUAGCUAGUAAAACAUCACGACCACAGCACGUGUUUUCACUUACUACCUGCGCAUGAUGGAAUAAAGUGUUUGCUAUGAACACGAUCAGGCAAGCGAAACAGAUACAGUUUUUCUUUCUUCUCCUGGAUGCAGAACUGACUUUUCUCCCGCGUGAAGUGCACCAUCCCAAGGUCGCCAUUGCGAAAUCCACGGCCGCCGUACCCCCCGGGGGGGGCCGACUUUCGGAGGGCCCCGGCCGGGUGGACGCCUUCGCGCGGCGCCCCGCCUCGCGCUGCCCCCUUGGGGGGGUCUUCGACACCCCUUCGGGAAGUCUCCGGCACUUCGGGGGGCGGCCUUCGAUACCCCUUGGAUGGGUGGGGCCUCGGGCAUCGCGAACUUGCAGGGCGUUUCCGCUUCCAUUCCGCCCGGCCCCGCGGCGGGCCUUCGGGGCGCCUGGGGGGGGCGGGCGCCUUCGCGCGGCGCCCCUUCGAGUGGUACCUGCGGGCGCCUUCAUGCGGCGCCCCCCCUCGCGCACGCUCCCCCUCGCGGGGUGGUCUGUAGGACCCCUCGGCGGGGGCCUCGGGCAUUGCAAGCCCUCAACAGGUUUCUGCCGCCAAUCCUUCGGGUGGGCAACCUUCGGGGGGCCUCGCGCGGACACCUUCAGGCGGCGCCCCAUCUCGCGUUACUCCCUCGAGGGGGUCUGCGAUACCCCUUGGGGGGGGGCCUCGGGCGUCGCGAAUCAACGUGAAGCAGGUUGCUGCCUUUACAGCCCCUUCAGAGGGCCCAACCUUCGGGAGCAUUUGGUCGCCAGCAUUUACCGUGGGCCUGUCUUGAAUGGUGUUGAUUCAUUCCUAUGGCGGCUCCCUGUCCAUCAAGAUAGGGUCGGCCAAACGGCCGACCCCCAUCUUGUAAACAUCACGACACGUGUUUUCUAGUACUGCGCAUGAUGGAAUAAACAACAGGCAAGCGAAACAGAUACAGUUUUUCUUUCUUCUGGAUGCAGAACUGACCUUUCUCCCGCGUGAAGUGCACCAUCCCAAGGUUGUUGUGGCGACCAACGGAGCUCCUGCGGGGGAGAUGCACCUGCACCAGCAGCUGCAGCCGGUAUCCAGGAAAAAACACCCAUCCCAAUCCAUUUUUUGCAUGACAAACGCGGGACUCUAUGCAUGUUUUGCAUCACAAAUUGGAUGGAUAUGGGUGUUUUUUCCUGGAUAGCCGGGCAUGAUGAUGUACGGCAGUGGUGGUCAAGUAUCCAACUGUGGAAAAACUAUGUGGUCCCCAAACUAUCCGAUAUUAGUCAGGAUGAGAGAGAGAGUUGUUCCGCAUGACAAACACAAAGAAAGGUAGACUUGCAUGACAUCAAGUUGUUGUGGUCACUUUCCUUGCAAUAGGGUACUAGUUCCCUGCAGCUGCUUCAAUUCCUUUAAAAGCAGGACACCUGUGGGGUCGUGGGGAAGUUACUUAUUUUUGCACAGGAUAUAAUCAAGACGGUCGCGACCUUCCUUCUGCGUCGCAACAGCACGGUGCAACUACAUUCGGAGCAGGUGGCCACCAGGGCGCGGGUGGAAAUAUAUCCUGAGUAAAAACAUCACCAAGUUGCAGAAUUAUCCAAAAGAUCAAGAUCUGCAGCGAGUCACGCAUGACGAAUGUUUGUCAGCAGUGUUUAUCUUCGUAAUGGAAAGGCUAGCAAGUUUAUGUUGUCCAACACUAACAGCUGUGGUGGAUCUUCACAAAGUAGCCAACUCCUUAUCCACACCCUGUCUACGGCGUUACAAAUACCAGCACACUACUUUUAGAAAAUCCACUCAUGGGCGGGAAGAUGCGCAUUUACGUGUAGUUGUAGUUCUUGUAGAGGCAAUAAUUUGCUGGGAAGGUCCGGUGUAGUUGUGGACCUGGACGUUUUUACGAAGGAUAAGAUAACUCCAUUCCCAACCUCGCAAGUGCGGACCGUGGAGGACACGAGGCGACGCAGAUGAAGGAUGUUAUGCAUUACAAAUAUGUCUGGCUUUGGGACUGGAAGUGGAACUACAUGAUGAAUGCAGAUGUUUAUUGUCGUGUUGCACAUUUUUCAUGGUCCAUGCCAAUGGCAAUGUAAUGGAUGUCGGGGACGAUGCAUCAUGUCCUCCUAGCAUCACACGUAGUAUUAUUACAUUUCCGAGAGUAGUUCUUUUCAUUUUCUGCAUAAAAACGAACUGUCUCUAAAGGUGGCGAAAAUACUAGCGCAGCCCCCUGGCUUUGCCUUUCAUGUAUGACAGAUUUUUGUGUGCUGACCGACGUAUGAGGGCAUCGCAAGAAGUGAGUUUGCAUCCACUGUGCAGCUGCAGGCCCAGACACAUUUGCAACGCAUAAAUGUGGUAUUUUUUUUGCACAAAUCUACUUCCGUAUGCGUACAACCACCUACAAAAAAAAAAAACAGUACAGUAUGACUAUCCUCCCUACUGAUACUGGUUCUGGUGGUGGUGCGGUUGCACAACCUCCACCUCUUGCCAUUCAUUUAUUUUCAUUUUGCUUUAAGUUUGUGUACAACAUGAACAUGUUGAUCAUGAUCGUCUGUCAGAAAACUUCUACACAUUGUCGUUCCCACAACAGGUCCGCAUGCCCUCUAUGACGAAAGCAAUGGACGGCUUGGUUUCAGCAAUCAUGAUGCAGCCAACAACAGCUGCCGCUGCGCCGGCUUAUCCAUUGCAAGAUAUUCUGCUUGGGGUUGGGUCUGGAGGAUUGCCGGAUUUGCCACACAGCAGUGGUUUAUUUGGGUCUUGCAAAUGGUCUGGAACAUAAAAUGCACGGGAAGUAGGCACUGACUUACAGGCUUAACGCAGACUGCGCGAUGCCUACUGUCCCGCAUAACGAGUAGAGGUACGCUCACGCAGCACAAAUUUUUGUGGCUGGCUCUCCGGAGGGAGUUAAUCUUCCUUAGUUUCUUGUACGAGCAUGACAUUUAUUUUCAUAUACCUCCUCCAGACCCAGAGCCCAUUGUUUGCAGUCCAUACGGCUUUAUCUGCGCCAAUCACUUCUACACCGAAGACCGCUCUGACAACGGCUUCCUCGACCUCUUUGCUGCCAGAAGAAGGUGGCGGUGGGAAGAUGAGCAUGAGCGAAAUCAUGACGGGUAUGAACUGCAAAAGUAUCGUACUCGCAUAAAUGCAUUACAAAUUUCCUCAGCAUGAGAAAAAAAUUUGUAAUGCGGAUUUAGCUUCAGAAAAAAAUUUGUAUAUGCAUGACUGCAAUUACUACGAGUACGAGCACGAUACUUUUGCACAGGAUAACGGGGCACGGUGGGCAGCUGCAAGUGCAACAACAUCUUCACCAUCAGCAUCAGGAUGCUUAUGGAAUGCAUGGCACCACUAAUACUACCUUUGCUUCCACCACGAAAACAGAUAAGAGGCACCUCGAACAACAUCCACAAGAAACUUCUCUCGCUGAGGACCGACAGGUGAACGGUCAAUAUGAAAAAUUGCAAAAGUUGUAAUGUCGCACUAGCCCCUGCCCCACAGCCAAUAGGGGAUGCAUUUUCUUUUACAAGUUGAAUUUGAAAUUUCUUCAGCAUCACAAAGAAAUAACGCACUUUGACUCUGUCUUGGUGUUGGAGGUGAAGAGUUUCUUAUUAUUUAAGAAAUGAGCAGGACUGCGACUGGUGUUAUGCAUGAUUUGGAGUUCUGCUACUAUGCAGCACGCUUGAUGCGAUUGCUUUUGCUAUGAGUGCAAUGCUUUUGCACAGGAUUCUGACACUGCUCAACACGAGACCGCCACGUCAACAACUUCGGGUUCCGCCAAACCGUCUUAUGACCUGCAGAAUGCGACAGCCAUGUCUGAAGAAGAUCUUAUCACGUGCAAAUAGGCUCCUCCUUGAAACAAGUCUGGACCUGCUUCGUGUAUGGGGUCGUCAACGUUGUAUUUGCCUCAGACCGUAAAAAAAAUUCUGCGCGCAUUUUUUCGCGGCGCAAAGCUAGUAAACCUGUGCACGCUAGUGAGGGGCUGACUUGAACGCGGUUUGUUUUAGCUAGCUUGUCAGCAGCAGUGCUCUAGUAGGUAAGUGAGUAUUGACGCGAAGGGGGGUGGGGCGCUGGGGGUUCUUCUGUGGCUGUUGUUUUCACCUAGAAAACGCCGGGCGCGCGCAAUAUUUUGCUCCGCUUCCCCGAUUGCUCUCUCCGUGCAGGUAUUUGCCGCUAUGGCCUGGAUCAGCGUGUGAGGCUGGCGCCCCGAGAGAUGUCUACACAGGCCCUGGCCUCGUCGUCUCUAGCGGGCACCACGCAUAUAUGUUGGCCGCGAAGGCCUUUCCGGAGCCCUUCCAAAAAGGGGGGGCCGGAGGGGUGCCCGGAACCCUAAAAAAAAGCCUAUUGAUUUUUCUUCGAAUCACGAUGGUGCUACCCCUCCCCAAAAGGGGUCCCGGAACCCCUCUGGGAACCCUUCCCGAAAGGCUCUCGGGCUUUUCGCAUUCUGACGAAAAAGCCGCAAAGGCAAAAAGCGCGCGCGCCUGCCGGUACACGCGCGCACAGUUGCGCCAACUUAGAAACAAGGGAAGGCGCAGCCGCGGCCGGUUCCGUUUGCGCCCUCGACUCCGACCGACUUGCACAGAUUGAGGCCCAUUGUCUAGCGGCUGGACUGCAAGAGGACCUGCUGCAGCACCUCCAAGCUGCAGGGGCACUCCGAGGCAACUCCGUGGAGCAGCAGCGCCGGAUAGCUCCGUCUUUAGCCACUGAGAAGUGCUGCGAAUAUGCUAUCUAUUUCAUUAGGUGUGCAACAUAGUGGGGGGCUAUACGUGUGCAACAUGAUGGAUAUCAAAUACAAAAAAAGGCGCGCGGAAAAUUUUUUACAGCUUGAGGCAAAUACAAGUUUGACGACGCCAUAUCGUGUUCUUGCUGAUGAGUAACUAGUACUUACCUGCAUUGCAGAAUAGCCGCUUGCGCGGCAUAUCAACAGCAGGAGAAGUUUAUUUGCGUGUUUUUAGCUUCCUGCGUGAUUUGAUAUUGUUUUUGAUUUCUAUGUAGCACAAUGAAGAACAUGUUGAUCAUGAUCUUCCACUUCGCACAACAAAUAAACAGCCACUACUAGCUGCCAAUCCACCUCUGUAUCAUGCUCAUGCAAUACAGAUCUGCAUCUUGCUCUCAUGCGAAUCUUGCAUCACGAAGAAGAACCUAGACCCAAACACGAUAAUAUUUGCAAUGGUGCAUAGAUCUCCAGAUACAACAGCAAUUAGCAGCGAAGAAAAAGCAACAAGAAGAACAGGCCGAGUUUAUUUCUGCGGCGGAAAGGGCGGCGCAGGUGAAGGCCAAAGCUGCAACCUGGAAGCCAAGUUUGCGGUUGCGGAGGUAAAAGGUAACGCGCGAGAGGGGAACUAUUUUCGCGAUAGGCAGUUCUUGAGGAUAAUUUAUUUUUACUCAGUGUACUUAUUUAAACUUGUUGUUGUUUUUCAAUCAAGAUCUCAUGGCAUGCGUAAAAGGGUACUGAACAAGGCUACUGGACAAAAAGGAUUGAACUUUCUCUCGUGCUAUCAAUAUUGAUAACAAGAAUCCCUCGUCCACCUCCUCGGCAGAUCAUGAAUGCAGCCCGCUUGAUUUCUUUUUUUGACGAAUCAUGAGCAUGUAAUUUUUACCUACAAAAAUCGACGCGUGUUUCAGUUUAAGUAAUAUAUUUGUAGUAUACAUUCGUUAGUUUUAAAGCAAACAGGUGAAGAACUCUUUGAGCAACCAAAGACGCUGCCAUUUUGUUUUUUUCAUCAUUUUCGGUUCUUGUCGAUGAGAUAGAAAUUUUCGCUUUUCAACAAUGUUCUCGAUGUCUUGAUAUUGAUGUCUGCUGAAGAACUGAUAGAGUACCAUUAUGCGUCGAAAUGUUACUAGCGAAGAGCCGCUAAUAAUGUCAGAGUUGUUCAUCUUUCGAGGAGAAUGCAAGACUGCACUCUAGCGAAACGAAGAAACAAAACAGAAAACAAGACACACCCACGACGACCCGUCAGACUUUCUUUUUCAGUACUAUCAUUAUGAUAUCGCCAUUGAUGCUGGGGCUCGCUCCCUCCCCAGAUCGAGAGCUUUUGCUUUUCACAAG